AUGGUUGGAGAUGAUUGGAACCCUGUACUAAAGGCGGCGGUGUUUAAGAUAUUCUUGGAGUAUAAAGAUGUGUUUGCUUGGACUUAUAAAGAUCUGAAGGGAGUACCCUCGAAACUAUGCGUACAUCGAAUACCUUUGAUGGAAGGGGCAAGGCCUAUGCGAAAAUGCCCCUAUCGCAUGAAUAAGAACUAUGCGGCCAAGGACCCGUUUCCGAUACUGUUUACUGAUAGCAUCCUCAAAGAGGUAGCAGGGCAUGAGAUUUACUCCUUCAUGGAUGGCUUUUCCGGCUAUAACCAGAUCAGCAUUGCGGAGGAGGACAAACUCAAAACCACAUUUAUUGUGGAAGAUGGAGUUUUUGCGUACAACCGUAUGCCAUUUGGGCUAUGCAACACCCCAGCCACUUUCCAAAGGAUCAUACUCCACAUCUUUGACAAAAUGGCCAUUGGGAACUUCAAGGCCUUCCUGGACGACUGGGCAGGAUUAAAACGAGACCUAGAUAAGAUCAGAGUUAUUCUCGACAUGGAUAGCCCAACAGAUGUUACGGGGAUCAAAUCCUUCCUUGGCCAUGUUGGGUACUACCGAUGGUUCAUUAAAGGAUUUGUAGAAGUGUCCCUUCCACUUGAACGCCUAACAAGGAAAGGGGAACCAUUUGUGUGGGACAAGGAGCAGAAUGAAGCCUUCCAAGAACUCAAAACCAGAUUGGAAUUUACUUUCAAUGUUGUGGUGCGACCAGGGAAAAGUCACGUAAUGGCUGACCACCUGUCUAGAAUAAAAUCAGGGGAGCUAGGGGAAGGAGGAGUGAGCGAAGAUUUCCCUGAUGCCCAAUUAUUCAAGAUAGCCAUGUUACCUUCCUGGUAUGAGAAACUCCGGCAGUAUCUUUCUACAGCAACAUUUCCAAGUGACAUGAGCCCAAGCGAGAGAAGGAAGCUCGCACUAAAAAGUACCAUGUUCCAAUUGAUCCAAGGGCUCCCAUAUAAACUAGGGCCGGAUGGUAUACUACGAAGAUGUGUCCUAGAGGAAGAAAUUCCUGGAGUCCUAAGAGAAUCUCACGAAGGACUAGCCGGAGGACAUAUGGAGCCAGAUACCACGGCAUGGAAAAUUUUGCUAGCAAGGAUAUGGUGGCCUACACUUUAUGCGGAUGCGAGGGAAUGGGUGACCAGUUGUGAUACGUGCCAAAGGGCAGGAAUUGUUCAAAAGAUGGGGACUGGAUUUCGUAGGACCUAUGAGGACUACAUUGUGGUGGCUACAAAAUACCUCACUAAGUGGGCCGAAGCCAGAGCUUUACCCGACAACACAGUCGUGAGCACCGCCAAGUUCCUCUAUGAACACAUUGUGACCCGGUUUGGGAUACCCCUACAACUCACGAGUGAUACGGGGGUACACUUUGUCAAUCAAGUGAUACGCAAUAUGACAACAGAAUUCAAGAUUUUCCACACAUUGUCUAGUCCAUACUAUCCCAGGGCGAAUGGCCAAGCGGAGUCCACCAACAAAGUACUAGUAUCUAUUCUCUACAAGACGUGUGGAGUAGAGCAAGGAGAUUGGGAAGAGUGA